GACCAUGGGGGCUGGGUUUGACCAUGUGACGCACAACAGGCUGCCUCCGCCGCGCAUAAUGUUGACGCUGCCGCGCUGCAGAGCCCAGUAGGUGUGUGUGAGCGUCUUUCUGUGGGACAGUUCGGGCCGUGGUCGAACCGAGCAGAGCCAAACUCCUCGCCGAAGAAAACUUGAGACGUAAAGAAGAAGAAACACGAUGGAGCUCUCGGCCAUGGGCGACCGCGUCUUUGCCGCGGAAGCCAUAUUGAAGCGCCGCGUCCGAAAGGCAAGACUUGAAUACCUGGUGAAAUGGAAGGGAUGGGCAAUGAAACACAGCACCUGGGAACCAGAGGAGAAUAUUCUAGAUGACAGACUCAUACUCGGCUUUGAGCAAAAGGAACGAGAGAGGGAGCGUAGUGGUCCGAAAAAACGGGGACCAAAACCCAAAAACCUCGCCACAAGGACACAGCCGGCACUGCGAGAACCGUGCAGCCGAUCCACAAAGUCCCGCCGGACGACGCCGCAUUCUGUGACCCCUUCUUCCUCUACCUCGCCUCAUCCUUCAGCAUCUUCCUCUUCCUCAAGUCUGGCUCCUUCCCCAAAGCUCAACUCCCUGGCGGCCACCCACAAGCUGAAGAAGGACAUCCAUCGUUGCCACCGCAUGUCCCGCCGGCCUCUGCCUCGCACGGAUCCCAUGUCCUUCUCCAGUCCCGGCGGCUUUCCGUCUCGCCCUCACGCCUCCCCUUUCUCCGAGACCGUCCGCAUCCUCAACCGCAGGGUCAAGCCCCGCGAGGUGAAGAGGGGUCGUAUCAUCCUCAAUUUGAAGGUGAUCGACAAGCCGAGACGCGGCGGUUCGAGCGGAGGAGCCAGGAAUCUUCCAGGUGGACGCCACAACAUCCCAUCCCGGAAUCGCAUUAUUGGGAAGAAAGGAGAGGCUCCUUACAGACCUUUCCAGCCCCCGCUGAAGAUGCUUGGUUUCCCCAUGUAUGGGAAGCCAUUUGGGCUGCAAUGCGGAGGUCCUCUGACCUUCCACCCUCAGCCUGGGUCCUGCAACACCCGGAACCUCCGUCCAGCCCCAUCCUUCCCCCCGGCGCCCCCUUCCAUCACCAGUGCCCCCAAAGGAAGGUCUCUGCCAACCACUGCUGCAGCUGAAUCCUCCAAGUCCAGUGAAGCUCCUGAAACCAGUGAAGGUCCUGUAGAACCCCAAAAUAACCCACCAUCCGCCACACCUUCUGUCUCACCUAUACCAGCAACCUCACCCUCUUGCAUGAGAGGUGAAGAAGAGGCCCCAAACCCCUCCCUGCCCCAAGAAGCGGGGGGCCAACCCGAACCCGCUAGGGUGCCUGUUGAGGGGGAUCCCGACUGGCACCCAGAGAUGGGACCCAGCUGCAAAGAUGUGGUGGUCACCGACGUCACCACCAACCUCGUUACCGUUACCAUCAAAGAGUUCCCCUCUCCUGCCUCUGGCCCCGCCUCGCCGGCUUCUGUCGCAGAAAACAUAACCUCCGAGGAGCCCGCCCUUCCCAAAGGAACCACCACCACAGUCUGCCAAUUCAGAGGCACUACCCCCGAUGUCUAUGCAAUGCUGCACAGACUUGUCAACCACAGCAUCCAGAACCUUAAGGAACUCCGGGUAGAUCUAAUCCACCCCCGACGCCCUGCCACCGAGCAGCUUUUCAACUACCUCUGCAACCUUAGUCCCAGAAAUCGAGCCCACCACAGAGCAGAGCUUGGCUCCGCCUCCUCAUCCUCUUGCGGUCUCCAUGGCAACACACGGGGAGAGCAGCUUAGCAACACGGCCAGCGACCGAGCAUCUCCAGUGCUGACUGCCCGAAAUGUCAUUUUUACCGGGCUCCAUCUCCUCAGCGUCAUGAAGUUCAUGGUGGUCCUGGUGGGCGCCGGCUCCCUGGCCUUCCUCGGCGCCGUCAUCUGCAUCUUCGCCAGCGUGUACCCCCGCAAACGCGCCGUCUCUCUCGGCGACAACGGCACCCUCGCCUCGGAGACGCUCCCGGAGCCCAGCUCGGUGGCGCACGCCGGGCCGCUCGGUGCUUUACACGGCGCGGACUCCUACGAUGGCGAGAACGGGCUCGGCGGCAUCGGCUUGGGGGUCCCCGGUCUGAACGAGCUCAACCUCGGGGAGGAGAGCGGCCGAGGCUCGGGGAAAGCGUUCAGUUACAGCCGCUUGAUCUGCACGCCGGUACCGCUGGGGGAGUGCACGGGUAAAGACGCGCAGCAGCCGCUGGCGGACGACCCCCUGGCCGAUGACUGGACGUCUCUCAGCACAACGGCGGAGGAGCUCCGGCAGAUGGUCAUGCAGCAGAACGACCAGAUCCUCAUGGACCAGAGGACCAUCCGGGAGCUGACGGGGAAACUGAGCGAGUGCGAGAGAGACCUGGAGGAUGACAGGCCCGGCCCCGAGCGGAGCAUCGGGGUUUGGAACGGCAACCGGAAGGUCAUGGCCGGGGAUGAUGUGAGUUCCUCGUCGGCCUCUCAGCUGCAAACAGCCCGCGCUGUGGAGGAGCUUGCCCGGGCCAUCAUGGACCUGAAAGACCGCAUUGAGAAGCUGGAGGCAGAGAUUGGCCCAGCAGCCUUGAACCUCACUGACACGACCCCAGGAACGAGCAGCGGACAGGCAGCCAAGCCUCCCACACCUCCCACCGCAGGCGCCAUCUCCUUUGCGCCCGCACCUGCAGCAGCAGCACCGCCAGGCUCCGGGGCUCGCCGCCCCGCCCCCAAACCUUCCACCAAGGGGCCCCUUGGCCGUGGGAAGGGCCCAUGGAGGGUGGAGGACCUGGAGGGCGAGCUGGAGAGGAAGAUUAAAAUGCUAGAGAAGGAGCGGCAGGCCAUGAGGAAGGAGACGCAGGGUCAGUACGAGAAGAUCAACCAGGGCAUCGACACGGCCAACCACCGUGUUACCGAGCUGGAGCACACACUCACAGAGCCGUCGUUCCCGGACGGCUUCGUCCUGUCUUUCCCCAUGCGGACCAACUACAUGUACGGCCUGGUGAGGAAGGAGAUCACAGAGAUGUACGCCUUCACCGCCUGUGUGUGGCUGAAGGCCAAAGAAGGAGGCAUAGGAACCCCUUUCUCUUACUCGGUACCCGGGCAGCCUAACGAGCUGGUGCUGCUGCAGGGGGUCCACAACCCUGUGGAGCUGCUAAUCAACGACAAGGUGGCCCAGCUGCCGUUGUCUCUGCCUCAAGACGAGUGGCAGCACAUCUGUGUCAGCUGGACCCUGAGGGACGGCGUGUGGAAGGCCUACCAGGGCGGCAAGAUGAAGGGAAGGGGUGAAGGCCUGGCCGCCUGGCACCCGAUCAAGCCGGGGGGAGUGCUCAUCCUGGGCCAGGAGCAGGACACCCUGGGCGGACGUUUCGACGCCUCCCAAGCCCUGGUGGGGGAGCUCUCCCAGUUCAACCUGUGGGACCGUGUUUUGAAGCCCGCCGAAGUGGCCGCCGUGGCCGAGUGUAGCUCCUCCGUACUCGGCAACAUCGCCCCCUGGACCGACCUGGACGUCGACGUCUACGGCGGGGCCACCAAGGAGUCCUUAGACCCGUGCCACGCUGCUCAGAGAUCCAACCCCGUGGGCCCUAAACAGUGAGACAGUCUGGCAUGUUUAAGUCAUGCAUAAAGUGUUUUUCGGGGGAGGAUUACCACACUAUCGUGAUGGAGCUAUUCGGUUCUUUCGAGUUUUUCGUGUCGGUGUAUUUAGUUCUGCAGUAAGAAUGAGGUAAGUGGAAGCAGCAACCUUGUGGAUGUCAACAGGGCGACUAAACCAUACCUGACUCGUCGGGACUUAGCAGGUAAAGCUAGGGAACAGCAAGGUUCUUAAUUCACUUUAUUGUACAGUAGCUUGUGCUGAAACUGCUGAGGUGUUCUCUGAAAAAAAAAAAAGUUCAGUUCUGCGUACUUGUAGCUUUUAUAUGGAAAAAGUUGCUCCCGUCGUUGGCUAUAAUACAGUAAAGGUGUAUUAUUGUGUCAUGUAGCCUUGCUAACACAAUUUGUAGACCUGCAAAAAGCUUCGUAUAGAGAAAUGUCAUACUGUACACCGCAAAAAACCUCUAUGAAAUUAAAUCGUGUCUUGGCUAAAACCAGAAUGUGUGUAUUUGCAUGUAAAAAGUAUGUUCUCAGCGUAAGUGUCCAUUUGCCAAAGUCAAUGAAAUACAUGAGAAAUCACUUAUUCCAUCCAACCAACAGUAUGACGACCAACUAGGACUCUAAUAUUUAUGUUUUUAUUCAACACUUUCACAAUUAACUGUGAAUCAAUACAAAUGUGUUGAAGUCGCCAUUUUUCGUUUCAAUUUAUAUUUAAUAAGUAACUCAUGUGGCAAAAAAAUGUGAGAUUAUCUUCUUUUGCAAAGAUUAUACGUAGUCUGUAAUUCAUUAGCAUUUUGUACUAAUGUACAUUUGUGUACUAUUUUGUUUGAAUUGUAGUUACAGCAUAGGUGCUAAGCCAAGCUAGCAGCAUUAGCACCAAGGCACACUAUGACAUUGAAAUUCAUCUUCAUUUUGCUUGGAAAACCUGAAAAUGUUCUUAUUUUACUCCGUAUUUUAGCACGAGUAGAACUGCAAGCCAGUUAGCGCGUUGUUAUUAACAUCCCGUGGUUGUCUCCAACAAGACAGCAGCCAUUUUGUUUUUGUUUUCUGUCAUGGACAUUUUUUGAUUUGUGAGAAGAACAUGUACGAAAAGUGAUUCAUCCCUAUUUUGUCCAGCUGAACAACAACACAAAACACUGUGUAGUCAAGUGUACUUUGCGCUAAAUGCUUUCUUUACCUCGUUACAUGAUACCAAGGAGUGUUUGGCCACACUGAAAAAAAACAUGAGAAUACUGUCAAAAUAUUACUCUGUAAUAUAUGUAAUUUUACAACUUGUUUUCUUCUUGCUGGAGCCAAUAUAAUAUUAAAAUUUCAAUGACAAUAACUCUGCAUUGUCAUGUUACAAUUUUUUUAUGUGAUGCUACUUUUUCCCUUUAUUUCAUGGUCUUAUUUUUACAUGAAGCCUAAUUCUUGUAACAAUUUACAAUUGUUCCUCAAAUUAUAAUUUUACUAAGAAACUAAUUGCAUUAUUUGCAAAAUGUUAAAAAAAAAUGUUUGUAAUAUUUUGAGGUCUAAAAAAUAUUACUUUGUCUAAUUAUCUAGUACUGUUAAUAUUUUUUUAAUUUUACUUUUUUUGAGUUGCUAUGAGUAGCAUUUUGUUUCGCCCCUGAAUUUUAUGAUUUUUUUUUUUUUUACGUACCAAUUUAUUCUUGUAACAUAAUCUUAAAACAAGAAUAUGUAAAAUAAUAACAUUCUUAAAAUACAUUUUUAAAAUAAUAUCCUGUCCAAAAAGUUUGAAUUUUUUUUCUUUUUGACCAACUUUUUUCCUGCAAUUCUUUAAAACAAAUAUCUGACUGUCAUGAAACAAGUAAUAUUUCAACCUAGUUCUCGGAACAUUGCAGCUGUUCUUUUUUUUUUUUUUGCGAGUGUGCUGCUGUGUAAUACUCAUUGGUACCAUAAUCCCCAUAUUCCUUUUGUGUUUUUUCAAGUGCCUGUUUGGGCUUCAAACGCCCUCAAUGGUAGUCUAAAAAAUGUUUAUAUUGUUUUCUUCUACCUGUGUCUUCUAAGUGUUGUCUUUCUUUGCACCCUUUUAAUGCAAUUGCUCUUGUGAAAUCGGUGGAUGAAACGUAAUAAAACUGCAUAUGAUGAUGACAUUGUCGUGCUAUGUGGUCACUGAUGCA